UUACAUUGUUCCUUCUCUUCCUUUAUUAUUCCUUCCUUGUGUGCCCUUCCAUCUUCUUCUUCUAAUAAUAUCAUCAUGGACAGAAACAAUUCUCGCAGACAAGUUGCUGCAAUGAAACAGUCACUCUUUGAUCAGGGACUUCUUGAUGAACAAUUUAUCCAACUUGAAGAACUGCAAGAUGAUGCUAAUCCUAAUUUUGUUGAGGAAAUUGUGACUCUUUACUACCGCGAUUCAUCUAGGCUUAUCUCUAACUUAGAACAGACACUGGAGAGGAAUCCAUUGGAUUUCAACAAACUAGACACAAUCAUGCAUCAGUUCAAAGGAAGCAGCUCAAGCAUUGGAGCGAAAAAGGUGAAAGCAGAAUCGACUCUAAUUAGAGAAUAUUGCAGAACUGGAAAUGCAGAAGGGUGUAGGAAGAGUUAUCAACAAAUGAAGAAAGAAUAUGUAGCUUUGAGAAAGAAACUUGAGAAUUAUUUUCAACUAGCUAGGCAAGUUGGGCCUAUUGAAAGAGCAUGCCGUCCAAAGUGAAUACCUUAUAGAGAUAUAUAGAUAUAUAUAUAUUGAAGACAUGAAAAUGUAAUUGGUGAAUUUUGUAGUAAAUCUGAAGAACAAAACAUGUUCAGUAUUCACCAAUAAUAUAUAUGAGGUCUAUAUCCUAUGUUUUUUUUUAAUCAAAAAGUGUUGUUGGAGGAAUCCUGCUAUGGAGCUUUAUAGAUUGAUACCGAGGAAAUUAUGUUGCAUAAUGUUACAAGGAGUAUCACCAUGUAAUGCUAUCAGUCAUCAAAACAUUUUUCUUUUCUUUUUGUUUAUAAGACAAAGUUAUGGUUUGGUAGCUGUUUCUGCCACUGUCAUGUGAGCGCAGACAUGUGCUAUUUGGGGUCUGAAUUUUAAUAUAAAAAAAAAAAAAAAAA